CUUCCUCUUCUCUUCUCCUCUAGUCCGAGACUUCCUAUCAAGGUUGCUAGCACAACCUUAGAUGGUUGCCUUCUCCACUUUGCGAGUUUGUGAGACAAACGAACACUUGUUCGUGUAGAUACCAUAGAGGCACGAACGUGUGAUCGUGUUGAGAUCCAAGCUGUCUGGAGUUCUUGUGCACACAUCAAAGGUAAGCUUAUAAAUAGCAAGAGAAAGCUAUAUAUGCAUCAGCCACAAACCUCUUGAUCACUACUUCCUAAGUUUCUAAUUAAGAUGGAGAAGCAAUCAACCACCCCGGUUAGUAGCAAUGAAGAUAUAGUAAUUCGUAAAACAUCAAAAUAUCAUUCGAGUAUUUGGGGCGAUUAUUUCAUCCACCACACUACUUCUCCUGCUCUCACAGAGGUGUCGGUUAGAGCGGAAGAGCUAAAGGAGCAAAUAAAGAACUUGUUUCAAGAAACUAGUGACAUAUUGCAAAUUAUGAAUUUGAUCGAUGCAAUUCAGUUGCUCGGAUUGGAUUAUCACUUUGUGAAAGAAAUAGAUGCGGCGCUAAGUUUAAUUUCUAAGCAUGAUGCUAAGAACUAUGAACUUUAUGAAACUUCUCUCUGGUUUCGAUUACUUAGGCAACAUGGUUUUUAUGUGCCUGCAGAUGUUUUUAACAAGUUCAAGGAUGAGGAAGGAAACUUCAUGUCAACUUUGAAUGAAGAUGUGAAGGGAUUAUUAAGCUUAUACAAUGCAGCUUACCUUAGAAUACAUGGGGAGCAUAUACUUGAUGAAGCCAUAUUGUUUACAAAGAAUAGACUUGCAUCGUUGUUGGACGAACUUAAACAACCUUUAGUGAUAUUGGUGUAUCUUUUCCUUGAAACACCACUAUGCCAGAGAAAUAAACGGCUCUUGGCAAGAAAAUAUAUCCCUAUUUAUCAAGCGGAGGAAAGGCGAAAUGAAGCAGUAUUAGAGUUUGCAAAGUUGGAUUUUAAUCUGCUACAAUCUCUUCACCAAGAGGAACUAAAGAAAAUUUCAAUAUGGUGGAAUGAUCUAGCUCUUGCUAAAUCACUAAACUUUGCCCGUGAUCGAAUUGUGGAAUGUUAUUAUUGGAUACAUAAUGUGCACUUUGAGCCUCACUAUUCUCGUGCAAGAUUAAUUUGUACCAAGGUUAUUUCAUUGGUGUCACUUAUGGAUGACAUAUAUGAUAAUUAUAGCACAUUACAAGAAAGUCAACUAUUAACUGAGGCAAUUCAAAGGUGGGAACCUCAAGCCAUUGAUGAAGUACCAGAAUACUUAAAGGAUUUCUAUCUCAAGUUACUAAGGACUUUCAAGGAAUUUGAAAAUGAAUUAGAAAGUGAUGAGAAAUACCGCAUAUCAUUUCUUCAAGAUGAGAUAAAAGCUUUAUCAAGGUCUUACUUCAUAGAAGCCAAAUGGGGCAUUGAAAAAUAUGUGCCCACACUAGAGGAACAUCUAAGUAACUCACUAGACACCACUGGAUAUCGUUUUCUUAUAUGUGCCUCUUAUGUAGGCAUGGAUCAGGUGGCAUCAAAGGAGGUAUUUGAGUGGGUUGCCAGCUUCCCCAAAAUCAUCAAAGCCAGCUCUAUGAUUUGUAGACUCAUGGAUGAUGUAACUUCACAUGAGCUUGAGCAACAAAGAGAACAUGCAGCUUCAACUGUAGAAUGUUAUAUGAAAGAGUUUGCCACAGAUGAAAAAGAGGCUUACAAGAAUCUUAUGGAGAUGGUGGAGGAUGCAUGGAAGGAUCACAACAAAGAAUGCCUCAAUCCAACACAAGUACCUCGACUUUUAAUUGAAAAAAUAGUAAACUUUUCAAGAGUAAUAGAAGAAUUUUACAAGUACACUGACACAUACACCGAUUCCAAAACUACAAUGAAAGAUAAUGUCAAUAUGUUGUUGGUUGAAUCUGUUCUUAUUUAAGAGUGUCACACCCUAGAAAUCCUAGCUAGUGACGAUAAUCAGAGGCCAGAUCAAUCACCAUUUAAGGUCGUUUAAGCUACAUUUGAAUAAAGUGAAAAUCGAGUUUGGAUGAUUUAUAGUAUGUUAUUGAAGUACUGGAAUGCCUUAAGUAUAAGGCGUAUAUUGUAACACGCAUGUAACAUUGUAGUAAAUAAAAUAAUUAAGUGCUUGAUUAUCAUAGUCUAUAA